GCAUGCAGAAAACACGUCAACUGAAGUAAAACUUUCUUCUUUCUUCGGAGCUUUGUCUAGCAUCUUUUCAUUGGUUCCAGAAUACUUUUUGGGCUGUUUGCCUGUUUCGAGAGAAAGCGAUGGCUCGGGGGAGCAUUGCCGCGUUGGCGGUGCUUGUUUUGACCGUAGCCAGUGUGAGCCAUGUGGAUAGCGCUGCUGUGAUGGCCGUGGAUUUUGGCAGUGAGUUUAUCAAGGUGGCCAUUGUGAAACCCGGAGUGCCUAUGGAAAUUGCUCUGAACAAGGAGUCCCGACGGAAAACACCGAACAUUGUGUCCAUGAGAGAUGGAGAGCGUCUGUUUGGAGAUCCUGCCAUGAACACAGGGAUUCGCUUUCCCAAGUUUGCCUUCAGAUACCUUCUACACAUUCUGGGACAGAAGUUCGAUAGUGCUGCUGUGAGACAGUUCAGUGAACGCUUUCCCCACUACAAGCUGGCAGAGAAUGCAGAACGUGGCACAGCAUGCAUUGAAUACAGCGACACGGAGACUUACUGUGUGGAGGAACUGGUAGCUAUGAUGCUCAAUAACUCCCGCGAGACGGCGUCGACUUAUGCUGAGCACCCGAUCAAGGACGCAGUGAUUGCUGUUCCGCCAUUCUUUACCCAGGCACAGCGCAAUGCCAUGAUGUAUGCUGCCGAGCUGGUUGGCCUCAAAGUCCUGCAGUUGCUCAACUCCAACACUGGUGUUGCAUUGAACUACGGCGUGUUCCGCCGCCAGACCUUCAAUGACACUGAGCAGAACCUCAUGUUCUUUGACAUGGGUGCGACAAGUACUGUUGCAACCAUUGUCUCAUACCAGACUGUAAAGAUCAAGGAGCUAGGCUUUACUGAGACUGUUCCUCAGCUCACUGUCCGCUCCGUCGGCUUUGAUCGUACUCUCGGUGGUUUGGAAAUGGACUUGCGUCUCCGCGACCAUCUUGCUACCGUCUUCGACUCUCAGAAGAAGACGUCAGAGAGUGUACGUACAUCUCCUCGCGCCAUGGCCAAGUUGCUGAAGGAGGCAAAUCGUGUCAAGCAAGUACUGAGUGCCAACACAGAUCACAUGGCCCAGAUUGAGGGACUUCUUCCUGACAUUGACUUCCGUGCCAAAGUGUCAAGAGAGGAGUUUGAGAAGAUGUGCGAGGAUGUUUUCGCCAGAGUGCAAGCACCUGUUGAGCAGGCACUAAAGGCUGCUGAAAUGGAUGCAUCCGAUCUUGAGCAGGUCAUUAUUGUUGGUGGCGGCUCUCGUGUGCCCAAAGUUCAACAACUCCUUAUGGAGGUUGCCAAGAAGACCGAGUUGGGCAAGUCUGUGAACAGUGAUGAGGCAGCUGCUCUUGGUGCAUCAUACUCUGCCGCUGGCCUGAGCAAGGCUUUCCGCAUCAAGAAGUUUGGCGUGAAGGACAUCAGCUUCUUUCCCAUGGAAGUGGCAUUUGAUCGUCAGACUGAUGAAGGUAAUGUCAAGCAUGUACGCCGCGUGCUCUACAACCGCCAUAACGUCAUGCCACAGAAGAAGAUCAUGACCUUCAACAAGUUCAGUGACGACUUUGAGUUCACCCUGGACUAUAGCGAUCUCUCUCACCUCAGCAAGCAGCAGGUGGUAGAGCAUGGUCCUCUGAACAUCACACAUGUGUCGGUGUCUGGCGUCGGUGAUAUAUUCGCCAAGCAUAAUGCUGACAACAUUGAGCCGAAAGGUGUGAAGGCUCACUUCAACCUGGAUACUGGCGGAGUUCUAACCCUGGACCACAUCGAAGCACUGUUUGAAAAGGCCCCACAGCCUGAGAAUGACACGGAUGAAGCAUCCGCCUUCUCUGAUAUUGUCGGAGGAAUUUCCAGCUUCUUUUCUGGCUCAGAGAAAGAGGAGGGCAAACAGACUGAGGACAAAGCCCAACCAGAGAAGGAUGGAGAAAAGGAGAAGACAGAUGAGAUCAAAGGUGAAGAGACAAAGAAAGAGUCAUCUGAUGCGCCAAAGUCAGAGACCAACGAGACAGUUAACGCUACAUCCUCCGCCAACUCUACCGCAGCCAACUCCACUGCAAGCAAUGCAACUGAGGCAAAGAAGAAGCCCCCGCAGCCUGUGAUGAUCAAGGAGCUACUCAACUUCACUGUGACCCGCAAGGAUUUCGUACCCUUCUCAAACGAGACUGUAACGGCAACCAAGGCACGUCUCCAAGAGAUGGCUGACAGGGAUCUGGAGAAAGUGCUUCUCGAGGCAUCCAAGAACGCUCUAGAGGCGUACAUAUUUGAUAUGCAAGAUAAGAUGUAUUCUGAGGAGUAUACCGAGGCAUCUGAGGAAGAGGAGCGUGCCAACGUCACCACUGCAUUAUCUGCGGCUUCUGACUGGCUGUAUGAGGAAGGCGAAGAUGCUACUCGUAAGAUCUAUGACGAGAAGCUGGCUGAUCUGAAGAAGACUGCUCGCCCGAUUGUGCGACGUGUGAAGGAGCAUGUCAAUCGCCCACUGUUGGUCCGUCAGCUGCGCAGCUCAAUCAAUUCUUCGCGCUACUUCAUUGUGCCGGCACUGAACUUCACCAAGCCUAUGCCCGGUUAUGUGGACAGUCUCUACACAAAGGUCGAAGUGGACGCUUUGAUCACGUUGACUAAUGAGACGGAAGCAUGGCUCAAUGAAACAGAAGCCAAGCAGAAUGAGACCAAGAAGUCCGAAGACCCAGUCUUGCUGAGCAGUGAUCUGAAGGACAAAACCAACAACCUCGACCGGGAGAUGUACUACCUCGGAAACAAAGCCAAGUAUUUUGUACCCACCAAGAAGAAGGUCAAUGCAACAAGCAAGGCAGCAAAGGCCAAGAAUGCAACAGUGAAUGGCACCACCAGUGACGAUGCCAACAGCACAUCUGAAGAGCCGCCAACCACCGAGGCCACGCCAGAGGACAGUGAAGAGUUUGAGUUUGUGCCUCCGACCGUGGAGCCUACUGAAGCGCCGAAGAAGAGGGCGAAGCGAAAGUCCGAGAAGCCAGCAGAUGCACAAGAGGAGACUCUUGCAUUGCCAGAUGGUGAUGAACCCACCGAUGAGCAUCAAGAGCUGUAAAUAUGUGAACAAAGACCAUCACUUCUCUCUGGUAUGUUAUGCUAUGCUAUAUUGCGCAGCUGGCUAUGUUCGUCAUCAAUGCGCUGCGCGUGUUUUUGAAUUGCUCUGUAAUUGCAUGUGUGCUGUUGCUGUAUUUUUUGGGCAGUCGGCGGUAGAACUGUUCCCAUUUCCAUUUCCAGGUGCUUGGAUGCUUGAGAUGCUGACAGGUGAAUGUAAUAACGACGAUGCCGAACUAGCCACGUGUGUAGGUUUGAAGCUCUAGCUAGGCGUUUUUCAUGGCGGCACUGCUGUUCUUCUUCUUGAAUGUGCUUUGCUUGUUUGCCGCCCACUCUUCCGCUGACCGCCUGCCGCUACUGCUACUUGUCUGUACUAUUCUGCUGGUCAUGGUAUCUACAGAGCUCGUUUUGCUCAUUCAUUUGCAGUUUUUUGUUCUCCUCCCAACGCUCGCCACCAGCACUUUGCUUGGUUUGAUGCACAGCGUUACUUUGCGAAUUCAGCUGAUAUCACUUUAUUAUUUAUUGCCCAUGGAGCCUGUUCUGCUGUUUUAUAUGAUAUGCCUCCAGUGACCGAUUGAUAUUGAUAGCUAGUUUCCUAUGUCGGUGCCUUUUCUUUAGCACUGCCGCCCGUUUCUUUUGCUGCUACAUGUACAUUGAAGAGACGGUAAAUUCAA